AUGGGGUGUCAUAUUGAUGGGUUUAUUACUGUGGUGGCACACCCUCAUGUUAUACAGGAAGGACCAGUGACUGGUAGAGCAGCAGAUGUGAUUGCUACUGCCAAUACAGCAGCAAAAGUUGCCUUGCGCCUUGUGAGGCCAGGAAAAAAGAAAGAUCUGGUAACACCAGAUUCAUCUUCUCCAAGCUCUGGAACUUGUAGCUCUGGACCACCUCCUUCAGCAAAAGAUGCUACUUGUUAUAUGAGCAGUACUCAAAGCAGUCCAGUUGAUCAAGAUGACAAGGAUGGCUCUGGUCCUGAAGGUCAUGUUACAGAACCAGCAAUGGAAACGAUGGAAGAUAAGUUCCUCAAUCCAAUCCAGAAACAGGACGAAAAUAGGCUAACUGUACAUGGUGGCUUUACAGGUCCCCAAAUUUCCUCCUCCAGAUGUAAGCCAUUUUUAACAUCACACAAGGAAAAGACGUCCCACCAGGCAACGUCUGUGGUCGACGAGACAAGAGUGUCUACAAACAGAAAAGUCAUUGUGAGAAGCUCAUACUUCAAGCAUAAGCCAUCAGAUGUCAAUAGUCUCCAUCGACCCAAUGAUGGUGCCACAGAUGGUAAUGAAAAUAACGAUUGUAUUCCUGGUGGCUACCCUGUCAAGAAAAGAAAACUAUCUGAGGACAACGAAAAUCAGCCACCUAUCUUAGUAAUGAAUCAGGAAAAUCUGCCAUCAAAUAAUGCGAGGACUUCAGUUCAUCAUGGAGAAGGUUCGAGCUACUUCUUUCAUAACCAAGUUUAUGUUCUUCACAUCAGUUGA